AUGCCCAACAGGAACUCACAGAGAAACAUGUAUUUGUCUUCCAUUCCCCUCUGUGGCCUACUCCUCAUGUUAAACCUGCAGCUGUCCAGCACAUAUCCCAUCAGCUCCGGCUUGACUGACAAUGAGAUGGAUAUCUUAAAGGUGAUCCUUCGCAGACUAGAGGAGUCAGUCUCUAAGCAGACUGAGGUGGACCAAAGAUUCCCUGCAGAGAGAGAUGGUUUGGACAGCCUGAACAUGGAGGAUGCAGUAGAUGGGCAGCAGUCCGAAACUGGACUGGGUGAGGCGGUGAUCAGGGAAUUUCUCUCAGCCAAGAACCUAAAGAACAUCCGCAACGACUCAUCCAGGAGAUCCUCCAGCUGCUUCGGUCGACGGAUGGACAGAAUAGGCUCCAUGAGCUCUCUAGGGUGUAACACUGUUGGCAGAUACAGUAAGUAA